AUUGCAAAAUUCCAUGCUUGCCCUGGCUGUAUUAUUGUUGGGAUGGGGGGACAAGGUAAAACAACUUGUGCUAGAAAGUUGUAUAAUACUGACUACAUUGUUUCUCGCUUCGAUGUUCAAGCAUGGUGCAUCAUUUCCCAAACAUAUCACCGGAGAGAGAUAUUACAAGAUAUUUUCAGUCAAGUUACCGGUUCCAAGGACAAUGGAGAUAAGGAUGACAUCCUCGCGGACAAGUUGAGGAAAAGCCUAAUGGGAAAGAGAUAUCUCAUUUUAUUGGAUGAUAUGUGGGACGGUACGGUAUGGGAUGACUUAUGUCUUUGUUUCCCUGAUGUCGAAAAUAGAAGCAGAAUUGUAGUAACAACUCGACUUGAGAAAGUCGGUGAACAUGUCAAGCGUUAUACUGAUCUUUAUUUCCUUCCGUUCCUCACACCAGAUGACAGCUGCAAAUUGUUGCAGAGAAGUGUUUUCGAAAAGGAAGACUGUCCACGUAAACUACAAGAUGUGAGUCAAGCAAUCGCAGAAAAAUGCAAAGGAUUGCCUCUGGUGAUUAUCUUAUUAGCUGGAAUUAUCAAAAGGAAUAAGAUGGAAGCCUCUUGGUGGCAUGAGGUUAAAAAUUCUCUGCUUUCCUAUCUUGGUGAAGCUGAAGGACAUGGUCUUUCGACUAUGCAGUUAAGUUAUGAUAACUUACCGGAUUUUUUAAGGCCUUGUCUUCUUUACAUGGGGAUGUUUCCGGAAGAUGCAAGAAUUCCAAUGUCUAAAUUGAUAAGUCUAUGGAUGGCGGAAGGGUUCGUGCAGAACAUUGAAUCUGCUGAAGGUUACUUGACGGAUCUCAUUAGCAGUAACGUGGUAAUGGUUUCUAGGAGAAGAUACAAUGGUAAAGUCAAAGUUUGCGAGGUUCAUGAUGUAGUGCUUCACUUUUGCUUGGAGAAGAGUAGAGAAGAAAAUUUUAUGCGGGCAGUGAAGGGACAUUAUAGCCAGCUUCAACCUUUUGAAUGGAAGGAAAGUCGAGUGAGCGUUAGUUUCAGUAAUGAGCUUUCCAAGUUUGUAUCUCCGAGCACCAAAACACGGGAGCCUUUUCACCAACACUUGAGGUCGUUGAUAACGACAAAUGGAUCAGUAAUUGGUACUCAUGUUUUUAAAGUGGGACUUCUUAAGGUCUUGGAUUUGAGUUCUCAUCGAAUGCCUCAUUUUUCGUCAGCUACAUUGAAACCACUAAUUCACCUGAAGUACCUCGCAGUUUCCACAAAUGAAUUCUAUUGUCAUCCAGAAUCACAUCUGCCCCAUCUGGAAACUUUACUUGUGAGGGGUUUAUCCAAGUUUACAGUGUUACCAUCGAGUUUUUGGAAAAUAGAAAAACUAAGGCAUGUUGAGAUUGGCACAGAUGAAUUCGAAAACAAUAAGCAACGGAUCUUUGAAGAAUCCUCUAAAUUGGAAAAUUUGAGGAUAUUAAGGGGAGUUGAGUUUCCAUUUGAUCAAGGUGAUAGCGCGGAUGUGUUAUUAUGUAGGUGUCCUAAUCUUCAAGAACUUGACAUCACGUUUAAAGGCGACAAAUCUAUUAGUGUAGAUACUUCUUGGGUUGAUUCUCCGGAUAUUUGUCUCAAACUGGAAAGUCUUACCGAGCUUCAAAUACUUCGUGUUUCCUUUCAAUGGUCUAUACUACUAUCCGGGUUGCAGUUGCCUUCAAAUUUAAAGAAGUUGGUACUAAGAGGAACUUCUUUAUUUAGCUUCUAUAUAGAAAGCACGAUUUCCGUCAUUGCAGAACUUCCAAAUCUUGAGUAUCUCCAAUUAAGAGUGGAUCCAUAUAGUUGUUAUAAAUCAAAUGAGUUGUGCCUUAGACAUAUCACGUUCCAUAAACUUAAGGUCUUGAAACUGGUGAAGUUACGUGUCUCAACGUGGGAUGCCUCAGAGGAAUCUUUUCCAUUGCUUGAAACACUUGUUAUAAAAGACUCUAAGCAGCCCAAGGAGAUCCCUCUUAGCUUCGCGGAUAUUCCAACACUGAAACAAAUUAAGUUGAUUAGGUGCAACAACAAAUUUCUCGAGGCUUCAGCUAUGAAAAUUAAGGAAGAAGUUGAAGCGAUUGAAGGAUGUGAUCGUAUAGACCUCAUUAUAAAGAAAAAAAGCUAA